AUGGCAACAAAGAGCAAAGAAAGCGAAGCGUCACGUCGUACGGUUUUGAACAGAGACAAAAGUUCAGAUUAUUCAGGAUGUGAAUCUGCUUCAGAAUUAAAGGAUAUAUUAUUGCCUUCGUGCAACAGUGAUAGUAGUGAUUGCAGUACGAUUAUAAAAGUGAAAUGUGAAAAAGACUCCAUGGAUCGGUCAUCGCACUCAAUUAUGAAAAAAGUCAAUACUGAUCAUACACAACAUGAAUCAAUAUUAAAGAAAAUAAUAAGUAUACCUGUUCUAGAGUCGGAAGCAGAAUUAACUAGUAUAUGUCCUAAAUGGAGUAGUAGCAAUAUGGUCCAAAAAACCAAAGGCACGGGAAGGUCAUCGCACCCAAUUUUGAGAAAAGUUAAAGACGCAGACCAUACGGAAUGUGGAACAAUUUUGAAAAAGUCACAAACAAAGACAAAAGGCAAGGACCGGCGACCGACAGCGAACUCAAUUUUGAAAAACAUUAAAAGUACAAAUCAUUCAGGACAAAAAUCCACUUCGAAGAAAUUAAAAUGUAGUCAAUUUCAAAAGUCAGGAGCAAAGUCUAAGAAUAUUUCACCAACACAUAGUAGAUGCAACAUGGUAAAAAAAGACAGGCAACAGUCAUCACGAACAGGCUUAAAAAAAGUCAAAAGCAUAGACGGUGCAGAAAAUGUAAGAUGUAAAUUGUGUCGAACAUCAGAAUUAGAAUUCGGGGAGAUUUUGCCUCUAGCAAGUUUCAGUCGCAGUACAAUUAUUAGAAAAGCUAAGAAAAAACGACCAAAACAUGUAAUUUUGAAAAGAAUUAAUAGUGCAGAUUUUGAAACCUGUUGUCAUAAUUUGAGAUGUACACCAUUUCAUCGAUCAGAAGUAGAAUUAAAGACUGUAUUACCACAAAGGAGUGCCAGUCGCAGUACAAUAAAAAUAAGUAAGCAAAUUUAA